AUGUUACUCGUAGCCCUUUUGUCUCUGUUUUACAGCGUUCGUGACGUGGAGUGUGACGACACUCACAGUGGACGGGACACCGGAGGCGCUGCUCGCACCAGCUGCAGGUCAGAGGAGGAAAACAUGGCUCGUCAAAGUAACACCUGCGCCGGUAAUCUGGCGUUUCUGUUUGCGCUCGCGCUGAUUGCAGCGCGUGUCCCGGCGGAGGCGUCCGAGGAGCAGGCGAAGACGGUGGAGUUCAACGUGAAACCGGGAGGAGUCGUGCACACCUUCUCCGAGGGCAUUGGGGAGUAUGAAUGCUCUUUCACGUACGCCUCUCAAGGAGGAACCAACGAGCAAUGGCUGAUGAGUGUGGGCCUGACUGAUGACAACAGACUGUUCUCCUGCUCUGUGUGGAGGCCUCAGGGGAAGUCGUACCUGUUUUUCACUCAGUUCAAAGCUGAACUGAAGGGAACCAAAAUCGAGUAUGCCAACGCGUAUUCUCAGUCGGCAGCAGGAGGACAGAGUGACGUGCCUUUGAAGCCAGAAGAAUUCACCGUCGGAGAAUCAACAGUGACCCACAGGGAUGGAAAGUUCAGCGCUCAACUCUCCAAACUGACCGUGAUUGGACGGACACGAAAAGACGAGCUGUAGCUGGUCAGAAGUGAAGCGCUUUGACCAAUCAGAGCAUCCCGACGAGCUCCGACUGGAGCCUCUGCUUUUCCCUCAGUGAUCGAUGAAGGAUGGAUUUCUUCCUGAGUUACAACUAAAAAUUGAAGAAGGAUAAACUGGAUACUGCCCUGACAGCACUUUGUGUUGCUACAAAAGUUACCUGAUACUUUGAUGCUAUAGUGGAUCGGAGCUACACGGGACAAAAGGGAUCAGCUGAGUAAACAACAACAACAACAAAAUGCUUGCUCUGAGAUGAAGUGCUUCCAUAGUUGUUAUUUUUCUUAUGCUACAAGAUUUACAAAGAAUUGUGUCCUGAUACACUGGGGAUGUCUGUGAUUGUAUAGAGGAUGUCUGGGGGCUUUGUGGAGUAUAGAUAACAUAUUUAGACUAGGGAAGGAUUUAUCCAUCUUAUGUAAUCCCGAGAGAAAAGUGAGUAUUCCCCAAUAUCGUCACUGCGCGCACAUAAACAAUUUCCCCCGUCUGGCUCUGCUCUGAGCCGCUGUUGAGCGAACUGCCUCCUUCUGUCUUCAUCUCUCUCUGUUUCUCCGUUCCAGAUGAUUGUAAGCACCACAUUUGAUCCCCAGCAACCACCAAUCACUUCUUCUUGUGAUAAAUCUUUGUUUUGUGUUUUUGCCUGAAGCCAUAAUGCAGCAGAUAGCAGCUUUUAAACAUGUUAAGAGGACACGUGUAUUCCCACUUAUGUCUUCAAAUCUUCAUCAUUCUGCAGCAGAAGAUGCAAAUCUUUCUCAAACAAAUUCCCAUUAACAAAUGGAUCUAAUUUGAGUUUAUUGCAACAAGUUUUCAGUUACAUUGUUAACCACAGAAUACUAAAAUGUAGGGCAUGCACAGACGUUUGGAUGAUAACACGCGAGGCAAAAGAGAUGCCAGCAGGUAUCUCUGAGUCCUCCUUGAACCCUUUACUUUCAUCUUUCGGUGCCACAUGUGUGGAUCAGCGAGGAUAAUGUGCAGGUUUCACAAGGACUUCAUUAUUUCGUCCCCCCCCCCCCUUUGUGACUCUCCCUGUUCUCUUAUGUUGCGAGGACCUUUAUCCCCCCGUCAUUGAUCCAGCUCUCUCAGAUCCACGCCAGUCUCCAGAGGACGAUUGAUUUCAGAUUUGAGGAUUUUGCUGAUUUGAUUGUGUGGUUGUGUUACCUGUUAUCUCUCUGCCUUGUUUGGCCCGGGAUCGGUUUCCCUCGUCCGUCCGGAGGUGAUCCUAAGGAACUGAGGAAAUGCUUAGCAGGAGCGUUUCCCCUUUUCCUCGUUGUCACCGCUGAUGUCGAUGCGUCGUCUGGAAAUAAUCACCUCCAGAUCCUGGCGUGACAGAUUUGAAAACAAACAAACCCAAUGUUACUUAUUUUGUACGUUUUCUUUUUCUACUUGUUGAUUCUUCUGAUUCAUGAUGAAAUGUGAUGGGCGUCUCAAUAAAGACAUUUUCUGGAGAUAACU